AUGAAGUCUGAAAUAGAAAUUUCUGGGCUACCCAUUUCAGGGCAUGACCAAGGGAAAUUGCACAUUUGUUUAGGGCAAGGUGGAUACCAUGGGAAAGGCCAUAGAUUUGUGCUAGCAAGUGGAAGAGACAUUGCACUUGUGAACAAGGCUUGUGACUUCUUGAAGGACCACCACUGUGUUCCACCUAACUGGAGGCAAGAUGAGAACAAAGGAAUGGUGAGAAGCAAGGAUGGGCGUUGGAUUCAGCCUGAACGGCCCAGAUUGGAUGACCACCCAGAUGACAUGAACCAUCACCUCAAAACAUUGGGCCUCUCUUAG